AAAUAACAUGAGUGUUCAUCCAAUUCUCUCAGACUAGGGUUCUCAUACCAAAUUGUAAUGUCUCCAUUUUUAACCCAAAAUUUUCAUACUAUGGAUGGCGGAAGUCUUAGCGGAAGUCUUAAAUAUUUUUUAUACUAUGAUGGCGGUGAGUCUGUAACCGUUCAACACUUAAACUUUCAAUAUCAGCCGUAAUAACUCAACAUUUACGGUUAAUCAGAGGUUCCAGCCGUUUUCAUCUCCUCCGUACGCUUCCUUCUUCUUCCCCCUACAUUCACAGUCGGUUGUAUCGUUCCACAACCGUUCAAUCGGUUUCUUGCCUCCUACAACCACAUAUAGGCGACCGGUUUCUCAUGGUAGUUCUUACCACGUUCAUCGAUCAGUUUCUCAAAGUAUACAACCCACCACAUGUUGGUCAAUGGGUUCUCCUUCUUCGACCCAGUAAGACAAUAACCACAUAAUCAACGCUCCUGAUUAUUCAUAAAUCGCACAACCACGUUGUCACUUACUUGGCCAUAUAUAACACUGAUUCCCAUCUUUAUGUGCCAUUUACUAAAUUUGGGGUUCACCUGUGCCAUAAAUGGAUUAUGGAGCCUACAUCGCAUAACCUAGAAGAACAGCAAGACAAGAAGUACGAAGCUUUUACAUAGAACAAGAUAGAUAAGAUGAAAGUCUCCAAGUUACCGAAGGUUUCACCAUGAAGGAAAAUCCCAGAUGUGCAUCAGAUGCGGACAAACCAAAAGCUGACUCCGAUUGUGCAAGUAUGGAAAUAAUCGAGUUUAGCCAGCACUUUCAGCCCGUCACCAUGACUCUCACCACUAUCAAACGCCUCAAGAUUAUCAGAUGCACCCGAUUUCUAUCUAUCUAUCUAUCCGGUUUGCAAUCAAAGGCCACCACUCACCUCAAAGCUGAUGCAACAAUUCAUGAUUUAAUAGAGAAAAUAGAGGAAUAUGGUGAUUCUAUUGACAUUGAUGGUUUUGACAUAGACUAUGGGAACCAAAUUUUAACCGUGAAGUUUGGUGAUUUGGGAACAUAUGUGUUGAACAAACGGAUUCCAAAUAGACAGAUUUGGAUGUCUUCACCUGUCAGGUGUCAGAAUAACAGAAGUUAG